AUGGCCAAAGAAAACAAAAUGCAACAGGGGAAGAACUCGACUGAUCAACAGGGCAAUUUGAAGACACAUACAACAGACCCAACGAAUGCAGCUUCAACAAAUGAUAGUUUGAACUUCUCCUUUGCCAUGACAAGUAAUUCAUCAUACCUAACUCCUACGUUUAUUGCAGGAAAGCAAGAACAGCAAGCUGUUGAAAAACAAGGGAACGUGGAGAUAGGUAAACACAAAUCAGAGAAGGGACAAAGGAAUAAGGAGAAACAACAUGAUCAAGCUAAACACAACGACAAGCAAGGGGGAAGUAAUUCAGGAGAUCAGAAUAUUAAAGCAAGAGAGGAAUAUCACAGCAACUUUCCCAAAAUAUCCAACAAUUAUUCAAGGUAUGAACCUUCUUCCCAAACUGAUGGAAUUAACAAGCAAGGUGGGCAGGGUGUUAACAUAUGCUCGAGAAAUACUGUUAACCAACAGCAAGGCCAACAACCUACUAACAACAGUAAAAAUGAUCAAAAUGCGGAACCUGCUCCUUACACUGUUGUACAGUCUUUUGCGGCUAGAUUGAGAUUUAAUCAGGCAAAAAAUGAAACUCCCAUUAUCUUGAAUGAGCCAGUCCACACUACUAGACAAGGCUUCCCAGCUGUACUUCUAGAUGAGGACGACUACUAUGUUAAAUUGGCGGAAAUUUGCAAAUAUACUCUAGUUGGCAAGUUUACUAAUACUAUGCCUAGAAUGGAACAAGCCAACAACAAAGCCAAAAGAAUAACAGUCAAGGUGAACAAAGGCAACAAGAAGAGAUACAUGAAGAACAGUGGCAAACACAAAAAAAGAGACACCAAAAAAGUCAGGAACAAAACAACUCCAAGGCUGUUUGGAGACUCGUCUCUCCCCCAAGACAAAGAACCAAAGGUAGCCAACAACAAGUACAGAAAAAUACAGGAACAACAGGAAAUACAACAAACAGGGCGGGAUGGAACAAGGGAAACAUCAAUUCAAAAGGAGCAAUUGAAAAAGGGAAACACUGCUGACCAAUCUGUCAAGAACAAUUCCAACACCUACAUGACAACAAAACAUCAGGAUACUAAUAGCAGAAAGGAGAAAAUCACAGGUAUUGAAUUAUCUCUUCUAAACCCCAAACCCCCCUCUACUAUUAAUGAGGAUGUUGGUCAUUCUGAUGAAGGUUCUGGAGGCAUGGAUGGGGGGUGUCAGGAGAUAACCAGUAACCUGCAGGAAGGGGCAGACCUUAGAGCCACUAAUAAGGUUCAAACCAAGCAGAAACAGAGAGAACAACAGCAGCAACAACAGGUACAGAACAGAGAAAAGAGCCAACAGAGUGACAAAGAAAAUAAAGAGAAACAACAAGCUGAAAAAAGGAAUGAUAAUUAUCAGGGUAAACAGAGUGAUACUAGUGAUACAGACAGCAUUCCUAAGAGAAAAAAUAAGCCCAGUAAACAAAAAAGAGAUGCGGAAAAAAGAAGGCAAAACAGGCAGCAAAACAGGGGCAGUGAUCAUGAGCAGGAAGGAGGGGAAGAAUCAUAUCCUCAUGAUAGGAAGCAACAAAAGUCCAAAGUUAACACUGAACCUAUUUUGGAUGAGUAUGCUGUAGUAAAUUCUGAAGAUGAACUUGAUGGAGAUAAUCAAUCUCUAGAUGAUCAAGAUGAUAAUGAUGAGACUAGUGAGGCCCUUAUUAGAGCUUUUAGUCCUCAGAAUGAUCAAACAAUAGAGAAUGAGAUACAACAAGCAACUGAGAGUCAGGGGUUAUCUCCAAGGGGUUUUCAGCAAGACAGAUUCUAUUUCAAAAAAUAG